AUGCCGCGGCACAGCGUGGCGGAGGCGAGGCGCUGCGGGGAGCACUUCGUGCAGUUCCUGCGGGACACGGGCCGCGAGCAGGAGAGCCGGCGCGAGGCGCUGCGCACCAUCUACACGCAGGAGUUUCGGGCCAGCACUGACACRAAAAUGCCCAGUUUCUCCUGCAUCCUGUUUGCGCUGAAGGUGACACGCUACGCGCAGGUGCGCGGGGGCUCCGUGCACUUCAAGCAGAAGAAGGAGAGAGUGGUGGUCGCCGACCAGUACUGGCGACCCCGAGCGGAGGCAGCACCAGUGGCCCCAGCACCAGUGGCCCCGUCGUCCGCCCCGCAGCSCAGCGCUGUCCCCAAGGGCCGCGCUGCCGAGAGGGCCGAGUUUGUGCGCAGCAAGCACGGCGUGGAGAUCAUCUCGGAGCACGACGAGGGCGAGGGCGGCGUGCGCGUGGAGCUGCGCCCCGGCGAGGCGCGCACGGCCGCGCUGCGCGUGCGCAACGGCGGCGGGGCGCCCGCCACGCUGCUGCGCUGCCGCCCGCUCUGCCCGCAGCGCGAGUUCUCCUUCUGGGACGAGCACGGCGUGACGCAGGGCCGGGCCCUGCUGCUGCCGCCGGGCGGCUCGCACACGGUGCACGUGCGAUGCCUGGCCAGCAGCCACGGCUGCUUCCUGGCCACGCUGGUGUUUGAGUUCAGCGCCGAGUCGGGGGAGCCCUUCACCAUCGGGCGCUUCCUGGCCGCCGCCGCCGAGAGCGCCCUGGCCAAGGAGCUGGCGCCCGUGGCRCCCUACGAGCCCUACCAGGCCGGGCUGCGGCGCCCACGCACGGUGCUCACCGAGGAGGGGACGCCCCCCGAGAGCGACCUGCACAACGAGCUGGAGAGGGAGGUCCCGCUGUACGCCUACCCSUACCCCAAGAGCCUCAAGGAGGCCAUCGCGCAGGGCCCCGGCGCCAGCCCCAGCUGGGCUGCGACCAGGUCCUUGCUGGAGGCACCCCUGCAGUCGGACAACUACCAGAAGAAGUUCCAGCUGCUGCUGCACCUGGAGGAGAUCCAAAUGGAGGUGGACAUCCGGCGCUACGACAUGCAGGACGUGACCAUGGUGCAGGACAGGGCGCUGCUCGUCCUCRACGUGCCUGGCGUGGCCGAGAGCCGCCCGUCAGUGCUGCGGGGCGACCACCUCUUCGCCAGCCUCAGCAGCGAGCGGGAGCAGUCCCCGCUCGUGCUCUACAAGGGCUACGUGCACGCCGUGGAGCUGGAGAAGGUCAAGCUGGGCUUCUCCCCGAGGCUGCACAGCAAGUUCCCCAACAACCUGCGGUUCGACGUGACCUUCACCUUCAACCGGCUGCCGCUGCAGGUGCAGCACCGGGCUGCGGCGCUGGCCAUGCAGCGCGGCCUGGCCCGCGUCCUCUUCCCCUCGUCCUCGUGCCACCAGUCCCUGCUGGACGGCGCCUUCCAGCCUCGGUGGUUCGACCAGAAGCUGCAGGAUAACGAGGAGCAGCGCCGCGCGGUGACGCACAUCGUCGCCGGCACGUCCCGGCCGGCCCCCUACCUCAUCUUCGGGCCGCCCGGCACCGGCAAGACGGUCACCAUGGUGGAGGCCAUCAAGCAGGUGUGGACGUGUGUGAAGGGCUCGCGCGUCCUGGCCUGCGCCCCGUCCAACAGCGCCGCCGACCUGCUGUGCCAGCGCCUGCUCCAGGACAUGCCGGCCCGGCACGUCUACAGGCUCAUGGCCAGUUCCCGGAGCCUCCAGGAGGUGCCCGCAGAUAUCCGGCCCUGCUGCAACUGGGACGAGGGCGAGCGGUGCUACGUGUACCCGAGCAGGACGCGCCUGGCGCAGUACCACGUCCUGGUCACCACGCUGGUGACCGCAGGCAGGCUGGUGUCGGCCAACUUCCCGGCCGGGCACUUCACGCACGUCUUCAUCGAUGAGUGCGGCCACGCGGCCGAGCCCGAGAGCGUGGUGGCCGUGGCAGGCCUCCUCGCCGCCAUGGACCCCGAGAGCAACCCCGGCGGGGGGCAGCUCGUGCUGGCCGGGGACCCGCAGCAGCUGGGGCCGGUGCUGCGCUCGCCGCUGGCCUCCCAGCACGGCCUGGGCACCUCGCUGCUGGAGCGGCUCAUGCGGCACAACCCGCUCUACGCCAAGGUGGACGGUGGCUACAACCCCUGCUUYGUCACCAAGCUGCUCUGGAACUACAGGUCCCACCCCGCCAUCCUCAAGGUGCCCAACGAGCUCUUCUACGAGAGCGAGCUGAAGGCCAGCGGCAGCCCCGAGCAGGACGCGCGGGGCCUCUACUGCGCCUGGCCCGCGCUGCCGCGCCAGGGCUUCCCCGUCGUCUUCCACGGCGUGUGCGGCGAGGACCGGCGCGAGGCCCGCAGCCCCUCCUUCUUCAACACGGCCGAGAUCGACGUGCUGCUGCGCUACCUCAAGGAGCUGCUGCGGAGCGGGGCCGAGGGCGGCCGCGCCGCCGCCGCGCCUGCCGACAUCGGCGUCAUCUCACCCUACCGCAAGCAGGUGGAGAAGAUCCGGAGAGCUGUCACGGUGCUGGACCAGGAGCUGCGGCAGCUGCCGGACAUCAGGAUGCUGAAGGUGGGCUCCGUGGAGGAGUUCCAGGGCCAGGAGCGCCGCGUGGUCCUCAUCUCCACCGUGCGCAGCUGCAGCGCCUACCUGCGCCUGGACGACACCUUCCAGCUGGGCUUCCUCAAGAACCCCAAGAGGCUCAACGUGGCCCUCACGCGGGCCAAGGCGCUGCUCAUCGUGGUGGGUAACCCGGCCAUGCUCAGCAAGGACCCCCACUGGCGCAGGUUCCUCACGUACUGCAAGGAGGAGGGCGGCUACACGGGGUACCCCUUCGAGGAGGAAGAGGAGGAGGAGCAGCACGCCGAGGACGCGGGGCUGGCCGCCGAGCUGCGCUCCCUGCGCCUGGGCGAGUAG